CCUCAACAUUUAAACUUGUGCCACAAUGAAAGCAUUUAGCUUAGUCUUAAUAAAAAUAUUAAUAUUUUAUCAACACCUUGUGUUUAUAAAGUCUUGUGUCGAAACAGCCAAGGGACCCUGUGAGGACUUCUAUGAAUAUGCCUGCAGCAAUUAUACCCAGCAGCACACCGAUCCCAACUAUAGUGAAAUUACUCAGCAAUUGGAUUAUGAAAUGAAUAAGAAGUUGUUGGAACAUUUUGAGAAUUCAUUUCUCAAACACCAAUAUGAAUCUAAAAAACAAACAUUUGAUGAUAAAAUGAUUAUAUACUUGGAGUCAUGUAGACAUGAAACACAGAGAGAUUUAAGGAAAUAUUUCGAGGAAAUUAAACCGAGCUCUAAUCUAAAUUGGCCAUUGUUGGCACCUGAUCAGCAAUGGCAACAACUUGUCAAACACUUUGAUUUCUGGUCGCUAUUGGGUGAAAUGCAUUCUUAUGGCUUAAAUAAUGUCAUAGUAAAUCAACACAUUACAAGGAAUGAGGACAACUCGCUAAAUGUCUGGCUGGCACCUGCCCUACUAACAGAUGAUAGUACUUUGCCAGACAGCGCCAUUAUGCAGGUGUUACUUAGUUUGUCAGGCGUACAAAAUAUAGAGCUUAUCGUAAAACAAUUGCAUGGCACCGAUUUAAAAUGGCGAGUGCUAACUAAGAACAAUAGUAAUUCGAAUCAGGAAUUCAAAAAUAUAACUAUCCACGAUUUAGCCGGCCUCUAUCCUCGACUAAAUUUUAAAUCAUAUCUUGAACAUUUAGUGAAGAGCGAGCUAAAUAAUAUUUCACAUAUAACUUUGGAAAAUCCCGAAUAUUUUGAGUUUCUAAAUAGAAAGUUGUGGUCUGCUGAGGAGCUGGAACAUUUGUGCAAUUAUUUAAUGAUGAAAUUCUUAUUUUAUUUGGCUGUGGAUAGUACGGCUGAAUUUUCACCGCUCGACUGUGUUAAGGAUUUAAGAAAUAAAUUUGAUUUAGCGGUAAAUUUUUAUUAUUAUCAAUAUUUCAUCCAACAUGAGGAAACUGAAUACAGAAAAGCUCUUUCUAUAAUGCUCAGAAAUAUUAAAAUCACCAUGAAUAAGUAUUUUGAAUUCAAUCAUUUGCAUUUCUCUUCAGAACAAAUAAAACAUUUAAAAAAUAAACUAAAGGCAAUUAAAAUAAAUAUAGGCAAUUUACCCAAUAAUUUUGACUAUUACUCAAUAAAACGCUUUUACCGGGAAAUACCAGAUUUGGAUAGACGAAAUUAUUACAAAAAUCAUUUGCUGUUAUUAAAACAUCGAUUUCGAAAAUCUCUGUUUAAUGAACAAAAACAGAGCCACUACAUUGUGAGCGACAAUCGUUUGGGUGGACAAUCAUCGCCUUUCUAUGUGGCUACACAGAAUAUGGUGGUCAUACCGUUUGGAAGUCUUCAAUUGCCUUUAUUCCAUUACACGCAGAGUACCCUUGAACAAUUGUCACUUUUCGGUUUUGUAUUGGCCCACGAGCUGGCCCAUGCCUUUGACAGCACUGACCUUGAUUAUGACCAUCAGGGCUAUCCUCUAGACAUUCCAUCAAAUAUACCAAAUCAUGAAAAUUUCACAAAGUCAGUGAACUGCAUGCAUCAACAGGAACCUACAGAUGCAAUAGAUGAACGUAUUGCCGAUCUCUUUGCCGUGCGUGUGGUGUAUCGUACUUAUUUGGAAUAUCAUAGUAAUGAAAAAGAAGAUCUCCGAAAAGUUUUCUUUUUGAAUUUGGCUCAGUUCUUUUGUGGCAAAAAUAACUUGAAAUUUAUUGACCACGAUUCAGAUGCCCUGCGCUUGCAGCUGAUUGUAAAGAAUUUCCGUCCAUUCUCAGCAAUAUUUAACUGUCCAAGAGGCAGUCCCAUGGAUCCUAAAACAAAGUGUCGUAUUUAUUAAGAAAACAAAUUAUUUAUAUACACAUUCGUAAUUAAAUAUUAAAUUCAAUAUUAAAAUUAAUAAAUAACAAAUAUAAAUAAAAAAAAUUACUAAAAAAAACUACAAAAA